AUGAAUGGUGAAAUUGGGACCAGUCCUUUGGAGUUCAGGGAUGACUAUUUUGCUGCAGCGUUGUCAAGUGAUGAUAGUGAGGAAUCUACCUCUCUUGGUUCCAAUUUUCAUGGACUCGAAAACGCAUGCAUUACUGAUGGAAAGUUGCGGAAACAGAAGUCUAUAAUCAGUCUUAAUGAUACCAAUAGGAAAGGCAUUUUGUUCAAUAAUAUUCGAACAGAACCUACUAGUGGGUUAAAUUUAGAAAACGCAAGCGUUAGAGCACCGAAGAAUGACGAACCAGAAGACACCAGCUUGAACCUGUUAGAUGAUUCCUUCUCCAUAUUAUUAGAAAACAAUAUGAAUGAUGUACAUAGUGAUAGAGAUGACACCCUUGUAGGAAGAGUCCCAAGUAAAACUGGGUUUCCAUAUGAAUCUAUCAAAGACCUAGAGAAAUCGGAUGAAAAUGAUGAUCCUAAUGAAUUCUUUAAAAGACGACAGCAAUUUUUUAUUCUCUCAACAGCGGGGAAACCAAUAUAUUCGAUGCACGGAUCUUACGAACUGCUUGUGGUUUACUCAGGAGUAAUCCAGACAAUUGUGUCUUUUUAUAAGUACCCAACAAAGGAGGAGAACCAAGAGUCAAUCAAAUGUAUAACCUUAAAAGAUGCCAAAACAACGAAACCGCUUAAGUUUGUUUUUCUUGAUAGAUCACCGUUAAUACUUUUGACAAUUAUAAAAGAAAGCGAUGCAACCCAAUUUGAAUUGGAACAGCAGCUUGACUUUCUCUAUAGUUUUAUUAUUUCAGCUUUAUCAAAACCAUACAUCGAUAAGAUCUUCAAUAAGUAUCCUAAUUUUGAUUUAAGAAAUUUACUUGGUCAAACAGAUUUGCUCACUCUAGAUUCCAUCUGUGAGGACCUUAGCAAUAAUACUAAUGUCUCACAAAUAUUGGGAGGGUUACAAACGUUGCGCAUGCAUUCAUCUGCGAGGUUAAAAUUAGAGAGAAAAUUAAUAGGUCACCGAACAUCAAAUUUGCUGUACGGGCUAAUUAUAGGCCCCGAUCAAAAACUAAUUAGUAUAGUACGGCCUAAAAGACAUACCUUACAUACCUCAGACUUGAUGAUUCUUUUUGAAAUGAUUUACAAUACAAAUACUUUUAAGUCAAAGAAUGAUGAGGACGAGAAAUUGAGAAUAGUUACGAAUGAAACAUUCUGGAUUCCCCUUUGUUUACCAAAGUUCAAUUCUUCGGGUCAUUUGUAUACCCUAAUCCAAUUCCACCAAUUGUACGAUGAACGUUUUUUCAAGUUGCAUGAUAUAAAAAUGACUGACUCUGCCCAGAUUGAUGAGGAUUCUACGAAAAUAGGGAUUAUCUUGAUGUCACCAUUCAAAGAAUCAUUCUCCGAGCUUAAGUCCAUCUCGAAUGCCAUUUCCAAAGAUAUUUUAUUUGAUAGAUCUAUAUAUUGUGAUAUCUGGAAGGGAGUCACAGCGAAGGGCAGAUUGGUGGUUGAGAAGAUAUUGCUUGACCAAACCAAAAAGAGUAUGAACAGUGGUAUUUCUGCAAAACUUACAGUAUCUUCAAUAAUGAACACGCUAUCAUUUCAAAAUGAUGAGAGGCCGGAAGACCAGAUAAUGCAGUCAUCAGAUGCCAGUGGAGAAAUGAUUCAUUUUUCAGCGAAGAAUAAACAGCUAGUUCAGUGUAUAUUCCCAGAAUCAUUUAGCUUUGACAUAAAAGAAAACCAUAUUAGGCGUAAUAUACUUGAAAUCUACAAAUACUUGAGGAGAAGGUUACAGUUUGUAAGCAGUGAUUUGUACGUGCUUGAGGAAGACAACAAAAGUGUUUCAGACCUGGAAGGCCUGGGGAGUUUCAAGAAUAAUAUAGUUUACGAAAAAUGGAUUAAUGAGGGUCACGGCGAGAUUAUUGUUGGAUUUGGCUAUAAAGCAGGGCCUUAUGAGAUAAUGAUAAUAGCUAAAGGAGAUAAAUUUGAUGAGUCUACGAUGAUCAAAUACAGUAUUAAGAUACUUAAAUGGUGUAGAAAACAGCAACGUACUAUUUUUAUCAGCUAA